CAGUGGAAUGGAAUACGUCUUGGGACAGAGGAUCAGACGGCAAAGGGAGAGGGUCUACCGGCCCAGACACACCUAUCUCUCCCUGAGUGAGGAGGAAUGCAGGCGUAAGCUACGCCUGACCCGUCAGGCUGUCACCGACAUCUGUCAUCUCCUGGCAGAUGAGCUGGGGACUGAUGCACGCUGUCCCUAUGCCCUCCCCGUUGCAGUGAAAAUUACAGCGGCAAUGCAUUUCUAUGCAUCUGGGUCGUUCCAGCAUCCCCUUAGUUGUAUUGAACGCAUUUCACAAUCGGCAGUAAGUUCGGCUAUACAUGCAGUUACGUCAGGUCUAGUCCAACAUGCUGGGGAAUACAUCAAAUUCCCCGUUACACCUGACAGCCAGGAAAGAACUAAGCAGGAGUUUUGGACCAAGUAUGGGUUCCCUGGCGUCCUUGGUGCUAUAGACUGCACCCAUGUGCAGCUACGUGCCCCAUCACUAAACGCACUCACAUACAUAAACCGGAAGGGAACUCAUUCAAUUAACAUCCAAGUAAUUUCCGAUGCUAAUUGUCGAAUAAAUCAUGUCUUUGCCAAUUACCCUGGCUCAAGCCAUGAAUCCUUCAUAUUGGCAAACUCGACCAUUCCUGCCAUAUUCGAGGGGAAUCCUCCCUUGGAUGGGUGGCUGUUGGGGGACAACGGCUAUCCGUUGAAGACAUGGCUCAUGACCCCAUUUCUUAUGCCAGCAACAGUGCGCGAAAUGGCAUUCAACAGGAAAGACACACAAACACGCAGUGUAAUUGAACGUACUUUCGGGAUUCUGAAAAUGCGCUUCAGGUGUUUGGAUAGGUCAGGUGGUACUUUACAGUAUGGUCCUCAAAAAGUCGGAGCAUUCUUUGUGGCAUGUUGUGUUUUACACAACAUUGCCAUGAAUCAUGGAUGUGUCGAUGACAUUAAUGAGGAUAGAUUAGAGGACUUAAUGAGACGUGAUGCUGAACUGCAUGUGCCGAUGCCAUUACGUCCAAAUGCCCCAGCAGCAGCACGGGAGAGGAGAGCUCAUCUGUCAGAGGAGCUGCAUCGUAUAUAGUGAGGCCUUUUACGCGGCCUGCCUCGGCGGGAUCCAACAAAUGAGGGUCCGGGAGUGGCGACGCUGGA